AUGCUGUCAUCAGGACUGGCUGCUUCGCUCCGGGGUGGUCUGCGAAUCAGCCCAACGUCUCCGCUUUUUCUCAAGAACAGCACCGCUGCUGCAUCUCGUCGCGCCUUGCCAGCAUCUCUGAUCGCUAUCAGCUUGCCACCAUGCCGACCGUUGACCUCGUCAACCAAGCUAUGCGCACGUAUCAGUCCCACCUCACGCAAAAGCCAGCUACCCGAUCUCAAACGAUCACAUCUUGCAGCAUCUCGGUCUGCUACAGCAGAACAACAGCGAGAGGUCGAAGCUGCACUUUUAUACUCGCACCUUGCACCGGUUCCAUCGGACGUCGGACAACCAUCCAUUCCGCGAGCGCUGCUGUUCUUGUUUGGGUUUUCUGCCCUCUCCUUUGCAGGUGCGGCGUACUACUCUCUCAUGGACACGCAGCAUGUUGCUGCUCAGCUACGCGGCUCGCGUGAUGUAUUUGCCAAUAUCUCUUCUUAUUUUGUCGGCAGCGAUGCGACUCAGGAAAGCGAGGUUUGGGGAGCCGGUGUGACGCAGAAACAAUUGAUGGUGGCCAAAAAGCAGGAAUCGGCGAUGCGACUCGGAUUGCGUAUGCAGCAUCUGAUAGGGUGGUGUGAUCAGCUUCAGCUUCCCGUGGGCGUGACCGAGGUGAUUGGUCGCGUGUACCUGAUUACUGCGCAAAAGUAUCUGGACCUUUUACCGUCUCAGCAGGUGGUCGUGCCUGUGGUGGCAAUCAACACGCUCGUCUUUGGGCUCUGGACCGUCGCUUCAGCGCGCAGGGGUGGAGCCAUGUGGCGGUGGAUGACGACGAAUUUUGUGCAUCGACCCAGCGCCAACCGCAUGCGCACCAUGCUGACGUCCGUGUUCAGCCAUCAGACCUUGUUGCAUUAUGUGUUCAACAACGUUGCGCUCUGGUCGAUUGGUGGUUCAGCGCUCAUGGUCGCUGCGCACCGAUCGACGAAUUCAGCUGAAAACAUACCGGAAGCAUCGCCCACACCUCAAUUCCUGGCAUUCUUUGUAACAGCUGGUUUGUUCGCCGCCACCGUGUCGCACCUGGUUGCCGGCAUUCGCUUCAAGCGCAUCUCGCUUCGACACGGUAUCGACGUCGCACGUGCCACCGUCGGUCGUCACGCAAGCCUCGGCUCAAGUGGCGCAGUCUACUCGGCACUCGUAAUGUCCGCGUGCGCUUUUCCAGAUGCUAAGUUGGGCAUCAUCUUCUUACCUUUUGUAAGCGUACCCAUCGGUGUAGGCCUGGCAGGCAUCGUGGCGGUGGAUGUGGCGGGCGUGCUGUUCAGGUGGAAGAUGUUCGACCAUUGGGCGCAUUUGGGCGGCGCAGCAUUCGGAGCGUUGUAUUGGUACGCCGGUGGCGUCGACGUAUGGCGCCAGUUGAAAAGCUGGUUGGCGCAGAGCUUCAGAUUGCACGACGAUACCAGGCAAAUCCGGUACCGGUGGCAGUGA